GGUCGAUUAGCCCAUGUUCGCCCCAUGUCGUUGGAAAUUAUUUAUAUAAAUGCCCUUAAACAUCAACGAAAAACGCUUUGUUGUUGGAGGAAGAGAUGCAGAAAGCACUGAGAGUGUAUGGUGAAGUUCUGAGGCUAGUUCGGCAACUACCUGCAGACACAAGACCUUAUUACGCAAAAUACGCGCGCGAAAACUUUGUCAACUACAGAGAAGUUGAUUCCAAUGACGAUAAUGCCCUCGACGAACUCUUUCGCCGAGCUUACAAUCACUCUCGUUGGAUCCUGAACAAGUAUUCGGUUAAUGACUCUGUUGCUAAUAAGUUGAAGGAGAUAUGUUGCGGUUAAGAGUAAAGAGAGAAACUCUGGGGCACUGCAGGACACCAACAAAAAGACAAAAGCAGAGAAACCUGGUCGGAUACAUUUGGGUGAUUCUGAAAGGAGCGAUCGACUUCUUUUCUAAGGACUCAGAGAUUUUCACAGUUUCUUAACUGCCAUUAUCAAUAAGUACCACCAAUCCAGGACUGCAAGUAUUCCUCAGUGAUCAUAAGAAAAAAAAAAACAUCAUCUAGCUUUCAUCCUUGGCCUUUUUCUUGUAAAAGGUUCUGUUUUUGAUAUCAAGAUCUGUUAUGAGGUUUAGCACAAACAUAUGAUAAUAAGAUGAGACAGAUCUGUCCUAUUUUGUGGAA